UGGCCGAUAUAUGAGGCUAUUUUGUAUGGACAAUAAAAUAUGCAAUUCUGUAAAAUUAAUGACCAUCGGCCGCUCGUGUAUGUAUGUCAAAGUAUAGGUUCAGUGCCGCGAAAUACGAGAAAAGAAGGUGAAGUGUAAGUGAGCGUGUGGGAGUGCCGUGAGAGGAAGGUGGAGGUUGUCUUUCAAGACCCGUGGACGCCGCGGGCCCGAACACCAAAACGAAGAAUAACUUACGAACUCAAAUAUAUUGAAAAAUCAACCGACCACUAUAUCUUUUUCAUUGGCGCGCGGUGGCGCGGUGACAACAAUACGAGAACGGCUCUAGAUUUACGGAACCUGGUUUACAGCGCACAGGCCCCCUCUGCCGCCUGCUCCAAUUCUUCAGGCACUCUCGCCUCACCUAAACACUGUGUGUUCCUAAGUCUGACAAAGCAACACUUGGGAACACACCAAGCAUUUGUUAUACUUUAUGUGACAGAUGACAAACACAUGGUGUUAAUCACCUUUCAUAUUUUAUUUUAUGAAUCUUGAUUACCUAUAAGCUGUCUAUUAAUAUCAAGGGGUCAAAUAUUAUAGUAACUUAGAGCCGCUUCAGGCAGAUAUGAUUCUCAAUUUUGAAACCCACAGCUGAGAUACUGGAGUGUGACGGGUACGUUUAUUUAGAACCUUUCAAAAUAUUUCCCGCCGACCAGUUUGUUGUAGUGGAAAGAAAUGGUGCAGACAAUACGUUGACAGAGACGGAGGGGCCUACGAGCAGUGCGUCCAGCCAGCCCACCCCCUCCGUUACUCCUCUGUCAAACAUGUGCACCACCCCUGGCAACGUAGGCACAGGAUUUGGGUAUGCUUGGUCCUUUGGUGGACCUGGAGCAGAAACCCGAGAAAAUGCACAGGGUGAACUUACUACAAAUAUUAGUUAUGCUGUGAAUAAUAAUCAGGACCAAGGAUCCAGUCAGAAGAUACAGGUUGACAUUAAACCAACUAAAGUUGCCAAUAGUACACAUCGUAGACCCAUGUUCACUAUGAAUGAAACUUGUCAACAGACUCCGACAACGCAUCAUACAGCUGGAGCUCAUAAUCAAACACACGGCACGCAUGUUCGUACUAAGAAACAUCACGAUGUAUUUUCAUUAACAUGCGACAAGGGAGGUUGCAAUUGUGAUGCUGCACAUGCAACACCCCCACCAUCACUUUUUUCAAAUACUUUAGUUUUUACUACAGCUGAUAAACACGCUAUGAGUAAGCAUUUCAUGACACCUCUUGGACCACUACAGCUUACAGCAGAAGAGUGCAAUGAAAUUUUAAUGAAAAGAGCAGCAGCUGCUUCAAACCAAGCCAAUGUAAACAAUGUGGCAACGAGCCAGACAGAUAGUACAGCUCACUUUGGGCAUGUUUUAACACAUGUGAACACUACACAAAUCGAAACAAAGGUCAAGCAACAACAAGAUAUGGGAAGUCAGGUCAGAGUACCAAAAGAAAGGCCGUAUUCUUGUUCAGAAUGCGGGAAGUCAUUUCUUCUAAAACAUCACCUUACAACACAUGCAAGGGUACAUACAGGAGAACGACCUCAUGUUUGCGUUCAUUGUGGUAAAAGUUUUGCACACAAACACUGUCUUCAUACUCACCUUCUCCUUCACAGUGCGGACCGACCAUACCAAUGCAGAGAAUGUAAAAAGUCUUUUACACUAAAACACCACCUUGUAACGCAUACACGAGUACAUACGAGAGAUCGUCCAUUUGUUUGUCAAGAGUGUGGAAGAUCAUUUCCUUUAAAACGUCAUUUAGUGACACAUAGUAAAUUCCACUCAGGGGAGAGACCUUUUGUUUGCGAAGAAUGUGGAGAAUCAUUUUCUCAAAAGGAUCACCUAACAAUGCAUUCGCGCUUCCAUGGCAGUUUACAUCCAUUUGUUUGUCACGACUGCGGAGCAACCUUCCAGAGAAAGUUUGAGUUAGUGAAUCAUGGUCGUUUGCAUGGCAGAGUUCCACAUUCGUGUACUGUUUGUGGGAAAGAAUUUCUCCAAAAGAGAACACUACUAGCACACAUGCGCUUACAUACAGGAGAAACUCCAUUUGCUUGUACUGUUUGUGGAGAAGCAUUUCCUCGAAAAACAGACCUGGUAACCCAUUCGAAGAUACAUAACAAUAAUACGAACACAGACGAAAAAUCUCUUAUGUGCAGGGAAUGUGGAUUGGAUUUCUCAAACCGGGAAGCUCUUACCCUGCACUUAAGGUUACAUUCUGGUGAUCGUACUCUUGUAACAGAUCUCUGUGGGUUAGCAGCUGCUUUCCAACAAACUCCAGGACACUUCCUUACACCCAACACUUCUGGAACUCAUCAGGGUUUACAGAUGAAUGGACCCAUCGGAAAUCCCGGUGUCAGCCAUAUGCAUGGUGCAACGCAAACAUCACCACCUGUAGGAACAGGUCCGAAACCAAAACCACACGUAUGUCCUGAUUGCGGUCGUGGUUUCGCGCAGAAACAUGGCUUGUCUCAACAUCAAAGACGUCAUACGGAUGGUAGCUGCCAUAUAAGAUCACACGUGUGCGAUAAAUGUGGAAAAGCGUUCUAUCAGAAGAAUCAUUUGUUAUUACAUCAACGCCAACACAUGGAUCCCCCGCCCAGCAUACUUCGGCAACAACAGAGACAAGCUGCACAAGCUGCUGCUCAACAGGCACAACAACAACAACAGCAGCAGCAGCAGCAGCAACAACAGCAGCAGCAGCAGCAGCAACAGGUACAGCAGCAACAAGUGCAACAACAAGUGCAACAACAACAAGUGCAGCAACAGCAAGUGCAACAAGUGCAACAGCAGCAACAGCAGCAACCUCAACAGCAACAAACAACGUGCACUGUAGAUACAAAAACAAUACAGCUUCAAGCAAUACAACAAGUGCAACAACAAGUUCAACAACAGGUACAACAGCAGGUACAGCAACAGCAACAACAACAACAAGCGUGCUCUGUGGACACUAAAGCAAUACAGUUAAAUGUCACUAUGUGAGACGAUAUAGAAAGUGGGGAUUGGUCGAUCCCUGGAACAAUAGCACUCCCAAAUGCGCACCCUGCUGCCACCCUCUGCACGCACUUCUCUUGUACUAACAUUACACGUUAGAUAUAUUUAUUAUCUCUAGAAUCGAAUACGAAAUAACCAAUUUUAUUACAAGAGUAUAUAUACAAAGUAUACAUAUUAUAUUCUAAAUAUGUAAGGCUUGUAACAAGAAAAUAAAAAUAACCAUAUAUUAGUGUUUUACAUAUACUUUAUAUAUCAUUUACUCUAGAUAUGUAAAAUGAAACUAAACAAAUUAGUUGCCUUAAUGAGACGAAGAAUUUUAAUGAAUAUAUUAACUAUUGUUUGGUGAACUUUUUUUCAUUUACUUUUAAUUAGUAGGACAUCACUUUAUAAGAAAAUACAUAUUGAAUAAACAAACGUAAAAAAAUAAGUUUUUUAUGUACUACUGCUUUGUUGUUAUCCUUCAUGCUGCGCUUGUAUGGUGAAAGUCGAGAGAAAUGUUGAUCGUGUGAAUGAUCAGUAAAAAAUAAAUAUGUAGAAUGUAUCAAGAAAGAGGGAGAGGGUGGCAGACAUAGCGCAUUUAUGGAGCAUUUAAAAUUGUAGGUCUGCCCGAAAAAAAGAGAGAUGAAUGGUGUCUUUAAACGUAUUUUUUACGUUAUAGCAAUUCGCGAAAUUUGUUUAACAAAUUCUAGAGAAUUAAGAGCGCAAGAGCAUUACGAAAAUUUAUAUUCCAUUAAAUGGACGGUUAUUAACUUUAUUAAUUUGAAGGAUUCGAAUAAAGUUCGAAUCGUUAAAAUCGUUUUGUUUUUAUAUGAUUGAUAGCGUUUUCAUUUCUUGAACUUCCGUACUUUCUUAUGUUCUCGACUUCGACUUUUUUACUUUAUAAUACUAGGAUAUGUGUGAAAGCCAUUCACAUAUUCUUACAAAAAACAUCCAGCAUAGUAAACUUUUGUAAUAGUUUUGUCAGAGAUAUGUAAUAGCUAAUAGAAUUGCGCAAAGAAAUGAAAGAAGUAAUAAAGGUAGCUUUCCUACAUAGUUUUAACAUACAUAUAUAUUUUUUCCAGACAGAUAAAAACAUGCAAUGCGUUUUUUCGUGAUUUUACACGAAAGUGAAACACGACCUAAAUUAGAAUCACAUUUUUAAAUAGAAGAAAAAAAGGAGAAAAAUUGUUAAAUGAUGAAAUAUUGUAAAACGAGCUUUAAUGUGCCUUUUUUCAAGCUCGCGAUUAAAGUACCUUUCCUUCUUCUGCAUUCCUGUUUCUAUUCGCAUACAAUACAGAUUAUCUUGUGAAAGUAAACGUUUCGCCCACGCGCACGAAAAUAUAUGGGCUACACGAAACAAUCAGUAUUCAUAUUUUUUUCAAACUAUGAAAAUACGAGCAUGUAGUACAUCUAUGCGAUUAAAAUUUUCAUUCGUUUCAUUUGUGCAAUAUAUAAGUUUAUUCAAGUUACUUACAGUCACACACGAAUCAGACGCUUCGAAUGCAGCGGUACUUCACUUGUUUACUCAUUUAAACAUCCUGAAAUCUCCCGCGUUUCAUUUGGUAAUGUAAUAAAAAAUAGAAGAUAGGUAACACGCAUUUGUUCAUAAGCGAUAUCUGGCGGUGAUGUCCGGAAAUAGACGAACGCAAAUAGCGCAUGCGCAUAGGUCAUCGUAUAUCGUCCCGCCUGCGGACGAACCGAAAUAAAUCGAACGACGCCGAGCCGAUCAGCAGUACGGUGCUCGCUGGAUGCGACUGUUUCGCGUUAGUGAUGAUCAAAACGAGUUGUCGUCGUCGUUGUUUGUGGCAUUUCGCGAAGACGAAGAAGCCGUGAUCCGUGAUCAAAAGCUCGAGACGGAGAAGAGGCCGAGGACACACAUCGUCGCUCGUUGCCGCGGCCACGGAUGCAUAUGGAGCUGAUUGGGCUGUCAGCUGGGCUGCGCGCGAUAGAACCAUCUAGCAGGCUGGCCAACGCAUGUUCCAGAACGCUCCGAGGGGGUCUUGUUUUUCUCUUGCUUUUUUUCUUCCUCUGUCAUUUCCCAGCAGAGGCUCUGCUCGCUGGCGACCACGCCAGUCAGGGCAAUGCCUCUUACAAUCUUUAAACUUAUCCCUGCUGAGUCGCUAGCGGUUGGGAUAAGGUGAAGGGUUAUAUUCGACGCGUUUGCGUUUUACGUGUACGCAAGCGUAAACCCUCGCCUAUACUGGAUGGGUAUUAUAAGUUUUGCCGGCCAAACUUUUUGACGACCAGACGAACGGAUUAGAUCACGAUACUGGCUUUUUUCUACUGAUUCCAACGAUCCCAUGCGAUGCUUCGUUACAGAUUGGAUUAUAUUCUUUAUCUGGAACAUAUAUUCCGGAUUGUAUUUGAAGUCCUUGCCACGCGCCAUUGGUCUGCUUGUCCGGUGGCCAUUGCUUGGAAUAAUAGGGACACGGAUAAAUAUGAAGUCCAUUCACUGUUCCACGCAUAUAAUUGAAACGUUUCAAAUCGAAUGUUCGCUAUGAUAGACAUCGAAAACAAUGGGUUACGCUUGAUUAUGACAUGUACCUGGAACAUGUCAUCUUUACACGAAAUUUAAGUUCGUGACUAUUCCAAGUAUCGAUAAAAAGAUACCCGCAUAUCUCCUCUUGCUUAUUCUGUUUAUUUUUUCCUAAUGUAUUUACGAGGUAAAUAAGAAGGAGAGAAAGAUGUAAUGUUUUCGUCGCUCUCACGUAGUGCAUCACCGUUUUUGUUUGAUUUUACUCAUAGUUGACGAGCCAAUAGUCGAAGCCGUACAUACUAUACGUAAAUAUAACCACGGAUAUGUAUAUGUUUACUCGAGUUUGAAAUACAUACAGAUAUAUACGUAGAUACAAGGAAGGAGGAGUUUAGGGAGAACAAGGAUGAAAGAAAACGCUGACCACCAACAAUGAGCUCUAAUAGGAAAGAGGCUAUUCGCUUUGUGCUCAUCGAUUUGAUAAUGUAGUACUUGUCUUUCGUAAUACGUUUUAGAAAGCUAACCAAAAUGCUGGAAUUUAAGGUUUAGAUUUCCUAUUAUCAUGGUUUUCUCGGUUCGUCGAACGUCGUCAGUACGCGCGGAUCACUAAUUAUGUUCAACGAGUCGUCGUGAUGAAAUGUAAAUCUGCACGGCAAAAAAGCCAGCUGGGUUAUUGAAUCGUCGUUCAACGAUUUGCUCGGAAGUAUGAUUCAUUCGUACUCAUGCAUACGCUUGUCCAACGCACCGCCACAUGUACGCUACGCAAUUCGUGCGUUUUCCUUUUGUAUUAUUUACCAUGAAUCAGUAGCCGUACUUAGUUAGGUUUAUAUAUUCACGUUCACGUGUUCUCCCCACCAUUUUUUGUUUUCAUAGAACAAAACUCCGGCAUUUAGGACAUUAAUGACUCACUUUUAUGAUUGUCUGGCUUAGGAUUACGUGUAUUCCUGGUAUAGAGCCUACUUUGCUAACUGGUCAUAUUUAGUCCCGAUUUAUGGUCAAUUAACCAUUAAAUUUUCAUAAAUCUUAACAUAACGGUAUUAAAAGAGCGAAGUUUUCUUAACAAAAUCUUUUAUUUCAAACCUAAAAGAUUUCGCCAGUAGCUUCAACGCGAUUGGAAAAAAAUAUUCGCAGCAACGCAUUCACUCUUAUCGCGGUCCGUUUCUUCCUUCGCGUGGUGUGCAUGGCACCGUUAUAUUGUAUAUAAUUACUCGUUGCUCUCGCAUGCAAUCUUGCUCGUGGUUCAACAAUCUUGGCGCUUUUAGACGUCCGCGCGAAUUAUUUAUAAAACGAUCGUGCACCUUGCUCAACGAAAGAGUUAUCUGUAUGCUAAGCGAGAACACGCCGUUGCUCGUCGUUCAGUCCCGCCACGCCGCGGCGUGUAAUGUAAAACUUGUUGCGAAGAAAACGCGCGCAACGCGACGUCUUUAGAGUCAUUGUUCUCUCUCUCUCCCCCCCUCCUCUCUCUCUCUUUCUUUCCCUUACUCGUGGGGGAAAUACACGGAUGUAUGAAUAUACGCACUAGGCGAUCGCGUGUGAGCUUGUUUCUCCCGUUGCGGAUGUCUGCUUGAAAUUUUUCGGUUGCUGCGUGCACGAAAUAUCUUCGAAUAUUUUGGUUCCUAGUCGCGAUCUUACGUUUACCAUAACGUAUGGAUCGAUAGCGUUCUCUAGCGUUUCCGAUAUGAAGUUUAAAGAUGUUUUGUGAAUUGGGCUAAUGGAAAUGAUCGAAGUAUUGAGAAAUUCAUGAAAUCAGAUUUUCUUUUCUAUGGAAAUGUUUAUUGCUUACGAUGCACUGUCGGAUUCUUAUCCCUAUUCGAGAGGUCUGCGUGAUUUAUUAAAGCCAUAUCUUUCUGUGCAUUCAAUGGAAGACAAGGGAGAAGAGAUAUCGUCGUUGCACGACGACUAAAGGGAACAGUGACUCUCACGCGUCAGAAAUAAUACAGCAGGAAGUGUGUCCGGCGAUUGUGUCACACAGGCUGUUAAUUCCGCGCGCUGCCAUAAGCCUGAAAAGUGAAGUACAUAGUACCGUUAUCGCAAGGCCACGACGAAUCAUUGUUUCGAUUGAUUCAAGCUGAGAAAGAAAGAGAACGAGGAGGACGGAAAGAAAGAGAAAGAGAGGGAACGUAGGCGAAGAAAAGGACGUGACGAAGAAGGAUUGAAGAAGGAAAAAAGAGGAAGGAGAGGAGGAUACGGGUUAAAGUCGCAGAAAGCGUCUGGCUCUCUAAAUCCAAAUAAGAGGUGUCCCCGAACCGGCGCUGUCUGAACCAGCUCAACAGCUGAUCGGAGUACGAAGCGGCGGUGAACGGGGCCACUAUUGCACCACCACCCCGCGAUUG